AUGGAGGGUUUGCCUGAGGACUAUGACUCCAAGCCUGGAGAUAAUGCCAACCCGGAGACCCCCGACCAUGAGAAAGAAGCGGGCCCAGAGCCACCUCAGAAGGGAACUGAGGAGUCUGAGGCAGACACUGAAGCCAAGUCCCAGCAGGAACCAGGGAUCCCUCAGGACACCAGGCCUGAGGACUUUUCUCAAAAAAAGACCGAAGAAGCGCCCCGGGAAAAAACAGGAUCACAGAUUCCGGAGGAUUCUCAGCCAGAUGCUCCUCAGGGCACUGAAGGCCAGACCCAGGAGGAUAAUGAGGAAAAGCCCCCUGCAAAGACAGAGCCAGAGAUUCCUAAGGACACUGAGGCAGAGACUCCUCAGGAUGCUGAAACCCAGGCCCAGGAGGAGUUAAAGUCAAAGAUCUCUCAGGAAACUAAGCUUGAGGACUUAACUCAACAAGAAAAGUCCCCUGAAAAGGCAGAGUCAGAGAUUCCUAAGGACACUGAGGCAGAGACUCUUCAGGGUGCUGAAACUCAGUCCCAGGGGGAGUUAAAGCCAGGGAUUUCUCAGGAAACUAAGCUUGAAGACUUACCUCUGCAGGGCACUGAGGAAAAGUCCCCUGAAAAGGCAGGAGCAGAGAUUCCUCAGGGAGAUGAAGCCCAGUCCCAGGAAGAAUUAAAGCAAGGGAUCUCUCAGGAAACUAAGCUUGAAGACUUGCCUCAGCAAGGCACUGAGGAAAAGUCCCCUGAAAAGGCAGAGUCAGAGAUCCCUCAGGGAGCUGAAACCCAGGCCCAGGAGGAGUUAAAGCCAAAGAUCUCUCAGGAAACUAAGCUUGAGGACUUAACUCAACAAGAAAAGGCCCCUGAAAAGGCAGAGUCAGAGAUUCCUAAGGGCACUGAGGCAGAGACUCCUCAGGAUGCUGAAACCCAGGCCCAGGAGGAGUUAAAGCUAAAGAUCUCUCAGGAAACUAAGCUUGAGGACUUAACUCAGCAAGAAAAAUCCCCUGAAAAGGCAGAGUCAGAGAUUCCUAAGGACACUGAGGCAGAGACUCCUCAGGAUGCUGAAACCCAGGCCCAUGAAGAGUUAAAGCCAAGAAUCUCUCAGGAAACUAAGCCUGAGGACUUAACUCAUCAAGAAAAGACCCCUGAAGAGGCAGAGGCAGAGAUUCCCAAGGACACUGAAGCAGAGACUCCUCAGGAUAUUAAAGUUGAGCCAGAGAUUCCUCAGGAAACUAAGUUUGAAAAAGAAAGGCCCUCUGAGUUACCAGAGGUGGGACUUGGAUUUGCUGAAGACAUGCUCGCAUGGAACAAAUAUCCUGAUUCCUUUGUUGAGAGUGAGACAGAGUCUCCUACCAAGGCUUUGGAAUCUGUUGGUGGAGAGGUCCGGAAGUGGUCAUCCUCAGAGAGUACAGUAGGUAUCCUCUCUAAAGAACGGCUCAGCUUUGAAGAAGCUCAUAGGACGUCCAUGAAAUUUCAUCCCCUCUUGGCUGAGGAUGAAAAAGAAACCUUUCAUAGGAAGAAAUCUUCAAAAGACACUAAGGAAAUCAAAGAGGUAGUCAUAACUGAAACAAGUUCAGAACCAGCCUCAGAAUCUGACAUCCAGGAAAAACCAAAGAAACCUGAAACUACUAAGACACAUUACCUCACAUGGAGCCCAGAAGAUGUUGCAGAGUGGAUUAGCCAACUAGGGUUUCCUCAAUACAAGGAAUGUUUUACAACAAAUUUCAUCAGUGGCCGGAAACUCAUCCAUGUUAACUGUUCAAACCUUCCUCAGAUGGGAAUAACAGAUUUUGAGGAUAUGAAGGUGAUUUCACGUCAUACACGGGAGCUACUUGGAAUCGAGGAACCAUUAUUCAGUCGCAGCAUUUCCCUUCCCUAUCGGGACAACAUGGGCUUAUUUUUAGAACGAAAAGGUCAUACCGGGGUAAAAUCUGAUGCUUUGACCCUAUGUGGUUUUAUCGAAGAAGCAGGAUUACAGGAAUAUGUUCCUAAAGGUGAUAAGAAAGAUGAUCCUUGCGCAAAAAAGAAGAAAAAGAAAAAGAAAAGGCCAAUGGCCCAUGCACAUAGUUUAAAAGAUAAAAUUAAACUAACUUAAAGGAAGUGGGGGAUUUUCUCCCAGCGAUGACUCAAGAGUCAGAAUUAUUGGAUCUUUUCCUAGCUUAAAGACUUACUCAUUUCACCUGCUGUGUUGCAUUUUAUUUCUUCUUUACAAUGAAGAUGAGAAUAUGGAUUUAAUUGCAUCAGGGGAAUUGUGAUGGUUUUUAAUGUAUAAUUCAAAUAAUGCUGUCUGGUUGUAUGAACAAAAUGGGUUGUAGAAGUAACAAGUGGUUUGAAAUGUUACUCAUUAUAGAUUGGAGCUUUGAGUUUACCUACAACAUUAUCCUUUGUAGUGUUGCUCAAGCAUUUCUUAAAUGACAUCUAGGCUAAAGUUCACCCAAGCAUGAUUGCUUCACAAAACAAAUUUUAAGCCAACUAU